AAAAGAGAAAGAGAGCACGCGAAGGCGUUUCCACCGCGAGAGAAGAAAAGGGAAACUGUUGGAAUCUGAAUUGAAAAUCAACUAAUAUCUAAGCCUUUUCCAGGUUACAGGACAGGCAUAGACAUGAGAAUCAGUAAAACAGAAGUGAAUUUUCGAAGGUUACUUGCAGCUGCACUCCAACAAAAAAAUCAUGCUAAACUCAUUCAUUAUGUUGCUACUUUACGUGAGCUUUUAGAGCAGUUAGCUGAAGAGAGAACACCAAAAGGUUUACCUAGACUUUCAACUGCUGUGGUCAAUGAUUAUUCAAAAAUGAUUGAGGAUAUUGCUUCAGAAUUAACUGCCACAACGCCAAACAUCAAGGUAUCUGAGGAGCCUGUCGCAAGUAACUCUUUUAAGCAGAGUCCAAAAUUGGAUUCAGAAAACCACAUGCCUUCCUCUCCUGGAUUAAGAAGGAGAGUUGUAGCUACUUCAAGCUUCAAAGAACGAACUCAUGACACCACUGAGGCUGAUACAUCUGCAUCUAUCAAACUGGAUGCAGCAGCAGAAGCGCACAUACAGAAGCAUAGAAAGCUUCAAGAGGAUUUAACUGAUGAGAUGGUUGGAUUGGCUCAGCAGCUUAAAGAGCGUAGUCUCAUGAUGAGCAGGUCCUUGGAGAACACUGAAAAUAUACUUGAUUCCACCGAGACGGCUAUCGAGCAGAGUCUUGCUACCACCGGACAUACUAAUGUUCGUGCAAUGAAGAUAUAUUCCGAAACCUCUAAGACUAGUUGUUUCUAGUGGCUUCUGCUGUUAGCCAUGACAUGUGUUUUCAUCAUGGUUGUGCUUCUGAUUCGUGUAGCAUAAACUAGUUCUCGAGAAUGACCUGGGAAGACCAACGAGGUAAAUGCUUCUACCUUUGAAAUGAUGCCUGCAAUCUCCUUUUCAUGUUCUAUCAAU